AUGCGUAGUACAAAACUCGGAUGGAAAUUAGAUGAUGAACGACGACGAAAACGACCGCAAAAUAACAAUAAUUUUUUAAACGAAAAUCGUGAACCAGGUACAGUGAUAUCAUAUUAUUCUCAUCAAGACUAUGCUUUAGGAUUAUGUGGAUACAUUCUGGUUGGUUUAUCAUAUGUGCUUAUUUGUUUAACAUUUCCAUUUUCGUUAACAGUAUGUUUAAAAGUUGUUCAAGAAUAUGAGCGUGCCGUUAUGUUUCGUUUGGGUAGGAUACUCGGAGGUGCAAAAGGUCCAGGAUUAUUUUUGAUUGUGCCAUGUGUUGACACAUAUACAAAAGUAGACCUACGUACAGUAACAUUCGAUGUACCUCCUCAAGAAAUUUUGACAAAAGAUUCUGUUACAGUUGCAGUUGAUGCCGUUGUCUAUUUUCGAGUGUUUGAUCCUGUUAUAUCUAUAACAAAUGUGGAAGGUACAAAAUCAUUACAAGAGAUUUUGUCUGAUAGAGAAUCAAUUGCUCAAACUAUGCAGGCAGCUCUUGAUGAGGGUACCGAAUGUUGGGGUGUACGAGUAGAACGAGUGGAAGUUGCAAUGGCUGCAGAAGCUGAGGCAGCAAGAGAAGCCCGAGCGAAAGUCAUUGCGGCAGAAGGCGAACAAAAAGCAUCACGAGCUUUGAAAGAAGCAGCAGAUGUUAUUACACAGUCUCCGACUGCCUUGCAACUUCGUUACCUACAAACUUUAACUACUAUUGCAAGCGAAAAGAACAGUACUAUUGUGUUUCCAAUACCAAUAGAAUUUAUGCAAGCUGCGAUAUCAAGAUUUUAA